AUGUUCUCCAACCCUCGAAUGCCCAUCAGCAGGGCUGCGUCGCCUGCGCCAGGAAUUUCUCGGUCCUUCGAUGGUGCUCCAGUUAGGUCUCCGAGCGUGCUGGAUUUUCAGAUUGAAAAGGCUCCCAAGUCACCCAACAUGGGCGGUGGGCGAGCAAUGCCUUCCCAGGCAGCCCACCAAGACGACGUGCUGCUCAAUCAAUAUGUAUCUGCAAUCAUCGCCGCGAAGGACCGACAAUUCGCAAUUACUGGCAGUAUUCCCCUGGAUCCCUCACAACUUGUGUUGUUCUUCCGAUCCAAGAGCGGGAUCACUCACUCCUUGGACUUCCCGAUCGAUGUUCACUAUAACACUCCCCCUGCGCUCGAUGUCCUCAUCGCAGCAUGCAGACCCCAUCAGACCUCCGACUACGACGGCUACUCCAGCCAAGAAUCCCUUUUCUAUCCACCCAAUCUCCCCUUGACCCCCUCGUUGGAAAUUGCCAACCAUCCCAUUCUCGACGCGGUCAAAACGUCUUUAUUCCCAUUCCUACCCCCAGGACAGCAUCUUACCGCUGUCAGAGACAAACUGGAGGUUCUGGUAGACGGCGCGGCUCUGAGUCGCCAGCCUCCCAAUCUGCGCAAGGACGGCCGUUCCGCGACCAUCAUCGUCACCCUCCCCGUUCGACAUGUGGGUGGGGAGUUGAUUGUGCGGGACACGGAUGGGACUCAGGAGAGCUUUUUAGCCAAAGCGGGAAAUCAUGGAGAAAUCGAAUGGGUGGCUUUUUUGGCGGACUGCGAGUAUGAGAUACAGACGGUGAAGAGAGGUUGCAUGCUUUCCGUCUCCUACGGAGUUUUUCUGAAGAACUUCGAUUCGCCUUUGGUUAACGCUCCCACCUUGAUUUCGCCGAGCGAUAGGUUCUUCGACCUUCUCGCUCCAAUCCUCAACAUGUUGCGUGGGCGUAGGAUUGCGUUCUACGUAACGCACAAUUAUGGGGUAGAUCCUUCCCAAGCCGUCGCGGAAUCCUUGAUUCCUCAGCUUAAAGGAGCUGAUGCUUUGAUAUACAACGCCUUCAAGAUGUAUAAACUCGGUGUUGCGGCUCACUGGACCGCGGGGGGAUACUUGUGGCCUGUGGAUCGCACCAUCGAAUUGUCUACAGAAGAUAUCACCCAACCCCCGCACCUCAAAUCGUCGAACCAAGGUCUGAGGAUGCCUUUUGGCGUCGUCAAUGGAUCUGCAAAACUAGGAGGCGUUCCUCCAGUUCGAGGUCCUUUUAACACUCAGGGCCAUGGAGAUAUCGAAGCUGAGGCCGUUCGCGUGAGAGUCGAGGCGAGCGGUGCUACUCUGCUGGUGGACGAGGCCAUCACCAUCCUGACGGACUGGAGUAAUCCGGCCCCAGUUGUUGGGACGGAACGUGUUUCGUUUGUGUCUAACGGGGAAUUGGAGAAGCUGGUCGUAAAUGCCUUGCUGGUCGUUUACGUUCCGUAG